UACACAAUGUUGGCAGUAAUUUUAUGCAUUAUGAGUGCAACUUUAAUUUCUGCCCAAGCUGACGGAGAAAGUCAUAAUUACCUGGAUGUACAAACACCGAAUACUUUUCAAUAUAAUUCACCACUGCAUCAACCGGACAGUUUACGUUCACGUCCCUACUUCGACUUCUUGAGUACUCUAUAUCGUCAUGAUCCUACUAAGACUUCGCUAUUUAGUCCUUAUGCAGUACGCACACGUCGCAGUGCGGCGGAUCCUAAACAUGUUGCUCUCCUCAAAGAGUUCGCUGAGAAUAAUAAACGUAGUAAAAGAGCCAUAGUGUUCAGACCACUGUUUGUCUACAAACAACAGGAGAUCAAGAAACAGGAAUAUGCCAAGCGCAAGAGACGUUAUUAAGUACUUAAAUAAUUUUUCUCAAGUUCGGCAAUCUUCUCAUAUGACUUUUCCUUUGCAUUUCAUACAGAAUUGCAAUUUUAAUUUCAAUUAUAUUUUUUUUAUUUUUAAUUUUUAUUAUAAUUAUUGUUUUUCUCUUUGCUUUAUCUUUGUUAUAUAUAAUUUUUAAUUAUAUCACCACAUUUGAAUGAAUUUCACUAUAGCACAUAACUUGAUCUAAUUUAAAAAUCUAGGCUAGGAAAUUGUUGUACUUUUUUUACAAAUUAUAAAUGGACAUUUUAGUUAAGUAUAUAUCAUUGUAUAAUAUAUAUUUUAUAUAUGUGUGUAAAAAGAUUUGCUAAUUUAAGUUAAAAUAUUAAAUAAAUAAAAUGAAUUUUA